AUGUCCUCCUCUCCCACCAAACCCCUCGCCUCCCGCGACAUCAACACCUCGGGCCCCUCGCCCACGAAGCCCAAGGCCGACCAGGUGUCCAACACGGUGGGGAAAGAGAGCGCCAACAAGCCGCAGAGCAUGGAGUAUCACCGGCAGGUACUGCAGAGUCGGUUGGAGGAGGACAAGGCGAAGCAAGUCUACGUCUCACCCUCGGACACGAUCAUGAGCCCAUGCACGGCCAAGCUGUCGGCGUACAAGAGCAAGCAGUUUGGGAAAGCGAAGCCGCAAUCCCUCUUCGCGAAGAUGGAAGCGUCCAAGAAAUCCGAGGCGGCCAAGUCGAGCGAGGGCAAGGAGGGUCAUGACGGUGGUCCUUAG